AAGUAGCAUUUUGAUAGUUGCCUUUACAUACUGUGGUAGCUGAAAAUUGGUUUGUUGGCAAUGUCACAACAAAGCUCCUUACCAACUGCUGCUGUUUAGCAAUGGCCUGAAGACCGAUAUCUCCACAUAUUUGUAGCCAUGAUAAGGGAGUCCUACUCUAACGCUUUGCAGCUUCUGCCUUGCUAUGGCUUAUUAAUGGGUGCGCCUUUCAGCGCCUCUUGAGUGACAGGAUAGCAAACAUACGUGCCACAAUCAGAUAGCCUACUGUGCAUCCAGCUGAAAUGGACGCAGCUGCACUGUUACCGGCGGCUUGGUGGAAUUCGGUUCUGGCUUCCACCAAGGGCUUCCGAAAUGUCAUACGCAGUUAUCCGUCAACAUUGCUUUUUCCGCUCCUUCUCUUCGCCUUGAUAUGCGGCGUCGGAGUAUGGGGUGUAACACGUGGAGCACAGUUAAGCGCGGAAAGUGCCAAGAUCCACGCCGAGUCCUUGGCCACCGACGCCGCCCAAGCUUAUCAAAAACAGCUUUCUGUGCCCCUUUCGUUGACACAAGUGCUGGCUUCUAUGGUUGCUGGUAACCCUCAGUACGACACUGUUAAGUACCUUUUCAACGCAACAGCCAGUGCAUUGGCCUCCGCAGCUCCAGCUCAAUCCUUACAAGCGCUGCAGCUGGUUCCGGCGGGUGUCAUUCGCCUUGUAUACCCUGCCGAGGGCAACGAGGGUUUGACAGGAGUGGACCUGUUCAAAAUACAAGAUGCCGCAUUUUUGGAAACGCUUCGGUUCUCUGUAUCAGACCUGCGGCCUGCGCUGGACGGUCCGUUUUCACCAGCCAUCCGGUCCAAGACAUUGGAGCAUGCUGAGCAAUUGGUCGUAUUUCGCAAGUCCAUCUUCGUGCCCACAACGAACCCGAAUGAGACAUUUGGAUUCCAGGACUCGCCCAAUCCCCUUUGCGGGGACGCUUGCGGCUAUAACGCUACCACAGGGGUCAAGUGGUGGGGCUUUACCGCCAUCUUAAUGGCUCUGGACUCGGAGGGCAGCCCCGUGGGCAGCGGCGGGGAGUCCUCGCCCCUGCGCACCCUGGCCAGCAAGGGCUACCGCUACACCCUGACGGCGCCGGUGUCCGGGGUGGCGGGCAGCGAGGGGGAAGCGGUGGUGGUGGCGAGGUCAGGCAGCGGGAAGCCGCAUGACCCCGUGGAGGUGGUCGUGCAGCUGGGCAGUGUACAGUGGUACCUGCGUGUGGGGCCCGGCGGCGACAGCUGGUGGCCCCGCUGGUACGGCGGCAUCGUGGCGGUGGUGGUGUUUGUGGCGGCCUGCGGAGCGGUGCUGCUCUUCCUGCUGCUGGUGUCCAGGCGGCGUCACAAGCUGCUGCUGGAGUCGCUGCUGCCUCGGGAGCUGAUUCGGGACCUCCAGGCGGAGAACACGGACGUUUUGGGACAUGCUCGGGUGUCCAAGACAGACAGCCCCGCUGAGCUGCUGGUGGCGCUGCUGGGCUGCCUGCUGUCCGGUCAGCCGCCCGACAUCCGCGACGUGGUGCACCUGCGCACGGUGCUGCAGCGCGGGGAGGACGUGUACCGCCCGCUGGACCUGGGGGGGCGCAUCAAGGGGGCCAACUAUGAUACCGACGUGGCGCGCGCCCUGAUGCGGCAGCUUGGCGGCGCCACCGACAUGCCCGGUCUCGUCAGCUACGAGUGCAGCCAGACAGGCAACGACCGCUGCCCCCCGCCCGCAACCCGCUCCGCUGCUUCCCUGCACCACACCCUCCGCAGCGGUCCGCAAGACGAGCCGCUCAUCCUGCUGCUGUCCACUCCCCAGCAGCGCGAGCAGCACCUCCGGCAAGCGUGUCAGAGCCUGCGGGGCGCGCUGGACUACAUCCUCCUGGGUACAGGGGAGCAAGAGGACGAGGACGAGUCUUCUCCUCUGCCGCCGCAGCAAGCACAGCUGGCCUCUGCCUCGGCUGUGCGGGUGCGGCGGUCCGUCGACUUUAGCGUUGCGGACGUGAGCGCGGUGGAGGCGGGGUCAGAUGGGGCGGAUGGGCUGGGCCCGGAAAUCAGGGUGCCGGCGGCGGUUCUGUGGGGCCGGCUGGGCAGCGAGCGCGAGAGAGGUGGGGACAGCGGCGCGACCGAGGGCGUGUCGGCGGCACAGCAGCAGCAACAACAGGCGGGGCUCUUGCCGGUAAGGAGGGGCUCCGGUUCCGGAGUCGUGCCGCGGAUAGGGGCUUUGCUGGGCUUGGAGCAGCACCCGCAGCGUGAGGCGCGGUCACGUAGGAGUUCAGGUGUUGGGCUGUAUGGCUGGCGCUUAAGCGUUGCGGGGCAGCCGCUACCAGAGGGAAACCCGCGUCUCGCAAUGUCUGUGCGCUGCGGACCGGGAGCACUGCACGACCCUGCCGGCGGCGGUGGUGGCGGCGGCGGCAGUCGCCGGCCGAGCUAUGUGCGUUACGGCUCGCCGCGCCCUGGAGCUGCUGUCCCGGCGGAAACUUCGGUUCCUGCUGGGGCUGCGGCUGCUGCUUUCGCCUGUGCUGCUCCCGGUACGGAGGGUUGUGGAGGGCCUGCGCCGCUGUCGGGCGCAGGCGCGGAGGUACAACAUGGUCACGGUAUGGGGCAGGGCUCCCCCGUGCGGCACUCCCCGAGGUGUGGCUCUCCCCGGUCGGCUCUGGCGCACCCUUCCGGGCGGGGCAGUGCUGAGCGGCUGCAGCAGCUGCGGAAUCACCCUGACCCCGCGCAGCUCAGCCGAGCCAUGCUCAUGGGCCGCCGCGGCAAGCGCAGCAGCGGAGGGGGCGCCGGCAGCGAGCCCGCGGCUGCCGCCAGCGCUAUGGGGUCGUCCGAGGCGCCCACCACAGGGGCUGUGCCGGGAGGGGCGCUGGGGGAUGCGCCACCGCCCCAGCGGCCGUUAGUGGAGGAGGUGGAGCGGCUGCUGAGCUGCUGCGACGAGUGGCAGUACGACAUGUGGUCGCUGCAGGAGGCCAGCGGGGGGCACGCGCUGUCGGUGCUGGGCUUCUUCCUCAUCCAGCGGGCGGGGCUGGUGGAGCGAUUCCACAUCGAGCCGCUCAGGCUGGCCAGGCUGCUGCGCACCGUUGAGGGCGGCUACCUGUCCUCCAAUCCGUACCACAACUCCGUACACGCGGCCGACGUGCUCCGUACGCUGCACGUGCUGCUUCGCGGCGCCCGCCUGACCGCCCACUACCUGGACCCGCUGGGGCUGCUGGCGGCGUACUUCGCGGCGAUCGUGCACGACUACGGUCACCCGGGCCUCACCAACGACUUCCUAACCGCCACCAGCCACCCCCUCGCCCUGCGCUACAACGACCGCGCCCCCCUGGAGAGCCACCACGCCGCCGCCGCUUUCUGCCUGCUAGCGGAGCGCCCCGAGCUAGACGUGCUGGCAGCGUUGUCGCGGGCUGAGCGUGCGGCGCUGCGCAAGCAGGUGAUUGAGAUGGUGCUGGCGACCGACAUGAAGCAGCACUUUGCGGUGCUGGCUCAGUUCACUACGGUGCACCGGUUGGCUAGCGGGAAGGCGUCGGUGGGGACGACGCCGGCGGCGACGGAGCCGGUGCCGAGCAGCUGCAAGGGCUCGGCUGGCGACGACUGCGCCCUUGUUGGCCGUCCAUCUGCUGCCCAUGAAAGCGAGGGCCCUGUGCCGCUGGACGAGGCGGAGCGCCUGCUGAGCCUGCAGGUUGCACUCAAGGUUGCGGACCUGGGUCACCUGGGAGCCAAGCUGGAGACGCACAAGCGCUGGCUGGCCGGCCUGGAGGAGGAAUUUUUCCGGCAGGGCGACAUGGAGCGGCAGCUGGGGCUGCCCAUCAGCCCGCUGUUCGACCGGGCCAAGCAGGGCGUCAGCAAGAGCCAGGUCGGCUUCUACGACUUUGUGGUGUUGCCACUGGUGAAUGCGGUGGUGGGCGCCUUCCCUGGAGCCGAGCCCCUGGUGCGCUGCUUCGAGGCCAACUACCGACACUGGCAGGAAGUGGAAGGCACGGCGCCGCCCUCUGCGCCCAGCGGUAGCGAACCGGCACCGUCCAUGCCGCCGGUGUCAGGGACCGGCAAGGGAGCCUCCGGUGCGGGUGGCGGUGGCCCGGUGGACGUGGUGGCGGUGGUUCCGAUCAUGGUGCGCGAGAGUGCGGAUCGGGGGAGGGAGGAUCGCAGUGUUCGUGGCCGGAGCCGAAGGGCAGUCAGCGGGGAGUAGUGGUGGUUCGAAGGGGGUGAAGGAGCAAAUGCGUUCCGAGUCGAAGGAAGUUAGUUGUAGGCAUAUGGGGCAGGGCGAGUCCUUGUAUUCUGUUUUCACAUGUACUCCAUGUGAUUGAUUCUAUUGCGCACAGUCCAUUGCGCAUAGUAAUGUACCGAUAGUAGGAAAGCGACUAGGUUCGUGGCUUCGUACUGGUCCGAGGGGGUGCUUCAGGGCCGGUGGUUCACCGGGACCCGCUCGUGUGUGGGUGCGGCAUGGGUGGGAAAUGGGUUUACGUUGGCAGUCUGUUUCCUGGUUUGAGUACGGGUCCAUUGUGCCCGCUGGGUAGCAUGUUUUGCUCGUCACUCGGGUGGGACUUCAUUUCGGUGAACACGUGUAGCCGGCUGGUAUGGGCGCCGGCCAGGGAUCCGGUGCCUAGCUCCACACCCGCUUAAUAAGUUUUGGGUUCUUGGUCUGCAGCGUUGGUUGUUCAAGGUCUAUGGACCUGGGUGAAAACAAGAUCUUGAAUCCGGUCUUACGGCAUGCUUGGUGUGUAGUGCUUUGGUCAAGUCUUACAUAACGUUCAAUGUCUUGUUUAUAAUAUAUUGUUUGUGAGACACGUGAGCAAGGAAGGAACUAAUACAAACAAGGGCAGGGUUUCCCCUAGUUUCAUUGCUGCCCUUGAAUGCUUUCUGUACACGCGGGUAACUUUCAAUAGACUUGGGGUGGAUGGGCGUGCGGAAGUAAUCCCAGUCUCGCUUGUACGGAUAAAGAUGCCCCGGGAGUGCAGUGCAGGGCUCAGGGCGUCUAUACGCCGAAGCGCUUGCGGCGUACGGUAUUCUGCGUACUGGGAUAUGUAGUAUACUCAUGGCAAGGCUGCAGCAGCAGAUGGU